UAUCAUACAAAUCCAAUGCCGUUAACAAGCGUAUGACCCGAUGAUGAAGCGGGUGAAUGGCAUGACCCCCACCGAUGGACAGCCAUUCAAUCGGCUAUUAUUUAUACUCAUAUUCAACAUCACGUUAUUAACGUAUAUAUUAUGCGCGGAAUAUUCUGUUGCCAAGAAUAAGAUUCAAAGUGCAGCACUUCUCUCUGGCAUUAAAUUACCCAUUAAUACGAUUGAAGAUCAAACAGUAUUUUACAUUGAUUAA